AGCACCACCACCACCACCACAGGAGCCGGUGCAGAGGAGCUGAAGAGCAGAAGAAGAAGAAGAAGGUGGAGGUGGAGGUGAUGUUCUCUGCUCAGCUCACUGUGACCGUGAGCCCAGUGAGGGUGUGAUCCUACCAGGACGCCUCCCAGACGCCUCUCCUCAGGCCACAACAACAAGCAUCCAGUCUCAGCGCCCUGACACCUGGCUCUCCUCCACCCACCAUGGCCUUCACCCUGUCAGAGAUCAUGGCGGCGCGGCGGCAGCAGCAGUCGCAGGCUCAGUCUCACACCCAGCGAGGCAGCAGGUCGGCGGUGGAGGUGGACGAGUACAGCACCAACCCCACUCAGGCUUUUACCUUCUACAACAUCAACCAGGGACGCUUCCAGCCGCCACAUGUGCACAUGGUGGACCCGAUGCCCCACGACACACCCAAACCACCGGGCUACACUCGUUUUGUGUGCAUCUCAGACACUCACUCCCGCACCGACGCCAUCCAGAUGCCGUACGGUGAUGUGUUCAUCCACGCCGGGGACUUCACCGAGCUGGGCCUGCCCUCCGAGGUCAAAAAGUUCAACGACUGGCUAGGUACCUUGCCCUACGACAUCAAGAUAGUAAUCGCUGGGAACCACGAGUUGACCUUCGACCAGGAGUUUAUGGCCGACCUGAUCAAGCAGGACUUUUACUACUUCCCCUCAGCUUCCAAGCUCAAGCCGGAGAACUAUGAGAAUGUUCAGUCUCUGCUCACCAACUGCAUCUACCUGCAGGACUCAGAGGUCACCGUGCGAGGCUUCAGAAUCUACGGCUCCCCCUGGCAGCCCUGGUACUACGGUUGGGGCUUCAACCUGCCGAGGGGUCAGGCCCUGCUGGACAAGUGGAACCAGAUCCCUGAUAACACAGACAUCCUGGUCACACACUGCCCCCCACUGGGUUUCUUAGAUUGGGUCCCUAAGAAGAUGCAGCGUGUCGGAUGUAUGGAGCUGCUCAACACAGUCCAGAGGAGAGUCCAGCCCAAGUUACAUGUGUUUGGACACAUUCAUGAAGGUUACGGUAUGAUGACCGAUGGCACCACCACAUUUGUCAACGCCUCAGCCUGCACCGUGAACUUCCUGCCCAUGAACCCGCCCAUCGUUUUCGACCUACCCAACCCCCGGACCACAUGACUAGAAGGAGCACGGCCUCCAACCCCCGCCGCCAAUCAGGAGAAAGGAGCCCGGAGAGGUAGGUGAGGUCAUCAGGCAGGACGGUGUGUAAAUAUUGCGCAGGUGUCUCUAUACCUGUCUGUGGAGCGGACUAAUCAAGGAAUGGACGCUCCAUCACGCUUUCAGUGUUUUUUGCGUGCUAUAAUUUCUUUAUCUGAAAACCGAGUCUAAAAGCAGACGAGCGGAUGAGCAGAGAGACUUUUCUCAUGCAGGCAAAAAUAGACGCUUCUGUGUCCUCUUUUACUGCACUGACAAUCUGACGUGGCUCCGAGAGACAAUAGAGACAUCUGACUGUCUCUGCUGGCCUUUUCACUUCAUUACAUGGAAACAUUUGGACUAACAGUAAAACAACCCACUGCCUCGUCUACUGCAGAGUUUCAGUUUAGCCAGGACUUAAAAACAGCAGUGAUGGAACAUUUGCCAGGAGGAUUUUCACAGAACUUUUGUCCCUUCUGGAAAUGAAACACAAAUUUGCCAUCUUUUCCUAAUUUUCCCCUCUUUUCUUUCUACCACUCCCCUUAUCGUACGCCUGUUUCUUUCCCCUCUUCAGAGCCUCAGAGUGAUGGAGGUUUUUUUUUUUUGUAUCUGUGUGUGUAUGUGAGAUCAAAGUGAGUGUGGGAGGGCAGUGAGAGGUCUCUGCCACGGGCUGUGUGAGAGUCGGGGUGUCAAACAUGUUGACACCACUCCCCUGGGCCUCAUUACAGCACUCACUAAGCCUCUUAACCAGCCAAGGAGGGAACCACAUGCCACACUGCCCCCUCUUUUAUUCCUCCUCCCCCCUCAUCUUUUAUGCUGCUGAAUUCUUAGCUCAUCUUUUAAGUUACAUCUGGGAGGUCAGGCUUUUUUGGACUGUGAAAAGGACAGCAGGUAACACAGAGGUGCUACACACUGAUGUGACAUCAGCACAAGUAGUGAAGAUGGUGGAACCUCUGAACAACGGCACCGUUUUGAGGAUUUUUGUUUGUGCUUUUCGUGGAAAAGAUGGAACUUUUUAUCCUUUCCCAGGAGCAGCAGAGCUGUAACUAUGUACUGUACCUGGUCUUUGUAAAUGGUCUGUCAAUGUAAAGAAAAAAAACUUGAAGUUUUUCUUGAAGGUGUUGCUAUGCUUUUCAAAAAAAAAAAGUUGUUAAAUAUUUGUGUCCAAAAUUUUGUGGUUGUUAUGUUUCAUUUGGUCUAAUUCUUAGUCAUGUAAAUGCUUAUUAUGGUAUUUUCAUCUCUGUAAAGCUGCUUGGCCCCAUUUGGUGAUUAUUAACUCUUUCAUGUCCCUAAGCGGUUUGUCUGUGUUUUUAAAAGAGCUUUUCCAUUUUUUUUCUUUGCUCUAUUUUCUGAAUAAGGCUUUUCUCACUUAGAGUCUGAAUGUGCUUAGCAUAACAAGACCACAUCACACUUUGAUCUCUGACAUUAUGUAUGAACGUUCCCCGGGGCUGCAGUUUACUCCCGCUUCACUCUCGCUUCUUCAGCACAUCAGCAUGCAUAGUGCUGGCUGAUGUCUAAAUGUUUCCAAAAGACACAGAGGAGGAGAGAAAUCACCAAGAAACCCAUGUCUGUGGAUAAUGGAGGGAGGAUAUACACUGGAUCCUGAUUGUCUGUUCUCACUGUGCUUUUGUAAUAUGAUUUUAGGCCCUGAAAUUGAAGUUAUGUUGGUUUAUCUUAACUUCUUUAAGGUUUACAUGUUUGACAUAGAUUUAGAUUAAAGAUUAGAUAGAGUCGAGACAGUAUGAAUAAAUAAAACAAAUGACAAAACACAAGAUAAAAGAAGAACUAUUCACCAAUUUGACAGCACCUAUUUUAUACUGGAAAAAGCAGAAGCUCAUCUAACAUGUUGACAUGUUAAUGUGAAGCCACUUAUUGGACAAAACUGAGGUGAUGAAGGUUGAGGAAGAUACGAGUCAUGAUAAUGUUAUCAUGAGAGCAGCUGCUUCAUGAGGAGGUCAAGUCCAGAUUUGCACUUUCACGUAGCUUUCAGACAUGAGGGUUUUUUUUGUUUGUUUGUUUAAUGUACGAGUUAUAUUUUCUGUACCAAUAUCCUGUCAACGAUCCCUUACUUUGUCAUAGAAAUUUUCAAUUUGUCAUAUUCAGGUCAAUUGUUCCAGUUUGUCAUCGACUGGAUUGCAUUUACAGCAAAGCUUGUUAAACACAGCGCACACGCUAGCAGUUCAGACAAAUGAAAGCCUUCAGUUUAAUCUGGUGAAUGGUCUUUAAAUGGACAACAGAUCCACCUCCUAAUUUCAACUGCUUGAUAUUUUUCCUGCUGGUUUCUCUCUUGACAGGAUGCAUCUUUUGACAGAGCAUUAGUGAUUUGAUUUGUGUGUUCAGUAGGUGUUCAGAUAUUCAACUACGGGAAAUUGUCCAUUUUUAGGUUUUCUUGUGCCCCAUUCCUGGUUCCACCACUGUGAACGGCAUUGCCACAAAAGCAUUUGUUCAAGGUAUGUCAAAAGACUGAACAGAUUUCCCCACUUGUGUAUUUACAUUUCUUUAUCUAAAUGUAUUGCAUGUGUUGUCAAAUUGGUGAAUAUGAAUACAAUUAAAGAAAAAACAAAAAAAAAAAAAAGAAGCUUGAACCUGAAUCGUCAUGGCACAAAUCGUCAUAUUUACUCUAGAUACUAACAUGCAAAGCACACUAGGAAAAAAAGGGAAUAAGCCCUUUGAGCUGUUUUGCUGAGGAUUCAUAGUAAAUUAAAGUUUUUUCUUGCCAAGCAUCUAAAAAGUAUUUCUACCCAAGACCCUACUAGUUAAAGAAAAAAAGAAAGUGUCAUCUCAGUUCCAAUUCACCAGCUGGUUCGAGAGGAAGCAGUCAGAACCAAGUAAGGUUUCUGUGCCAACAUUUAAGAAUGAAGUGGAAAAGCUUGAGAUAAAGGUUUGAAGUUUGAGCUUGAAUAUAGCCAUUGGAACGUACAUGCAAGUGCAACAAUGUGUGUGUGUUGAAAUAAACAGAGUGAGUGUAUGAAAAGAGGCAGUGCUCAGCCUCACCAUUUAGAACGCAACUUAAUUAGUGUCUAUGAAGGGAAAUGUUCCAAGAAAGGAAUAAAGGGAACUAUUAAAAACCAAAAGAUGGGAGGAACUUUCAUCUUUAAGUUUCAUGAAAAGCUGUCUGUUUGGUCUGACUUCUCCAGUUUCACUCCUCAUUUAGAUGUCUCUCACUUUGAUGCUCUUCUGCUUCAAUAACUGUGUUAUGUGUUUCCUGUUUUCUAGAAGAAAAAAAAAAUGCUGUACUAUUUCUUGAUUUAUUUCUUGAGGCAUGCUUAAAGGAGUUAAUGACUUCUGCUACUCAGACAAUCUGCAUAUGAAGAGUUUUGUUCCAAAAUGAGAUAUCUACCGUUUGAAAAAGGGAAAAAAAAAAGAACAAAAAAAAAAAGAAAAACAAAAGGGACGCCUACCCUGGCAGAAUGAUUGACAGCUUGAAACUUGAAAGCAGAUUGCUGAAUACUUUUUAAAGGAUUGUAAAUACAGUUUGGUAGAGACAGUGGUCCAAUUUUAACUGGCAGUAUCCGCUUUAUUUUAAUAAUAUUGGAUCAUGAUUGACUUCAGGUCAUUUUUUUAAAUGGGUAUGUAUAGCAUUUUGGAAUAAAAGUGUUCAUUUUUAGUAUUUUGCCAUUGUUGUUGGGGACUUUUUUAAACCAUAAAAAGAAGAAGGUGAAGACCCAACAGUUGGAAAGUGUUGUUCCUGGAGACACCUCUAAAAUGUAAAGUACAUUUACUUCCUAAAACCUUAAGGUUCUAAGAGAUUAUUCACCAAUUGAAUAAAAACUUAUCUGUGACCAAUG